AUGUACGUUGAUACCAGCAAGCCUCCACCCCCCCUCCCAUCCCCUCGUUGUACGGAGGUAAGCUCUGGAGUUUCGAUGUUACAACCUCUAUCUCGACGAGGAACUGGGCCUGGUAUGAUAUUGAUCGUACCGGAUGCCCCUCAAUCAAAUCUGUCAAUAAUUAAUGGUGUCCCCUCGCCACUUAUCAAGUGGGCUGAGGAGAGCUAUGUAGUGGUUGAGAUACAGGAAAGGGCAAUGUCCUCCGAGGGCAUUCUUCAGCGUGCGACUCAGGCUAUUUUUCGAUCAGAGGAUUGUGUGCCCAAGGAAAAAGUUGGUAUAGUCGUUUACAAUGGUCGCCUGUGGGAUCUCGUAGCUCCAUUGUUAUCAUCUACAACUGAGAUUUCCGGCGCCGUCAUCUAUGCCAGCCCAGACGAUAAAUCCCCUCUUUCAGCAUCCCCUAUUCCAUGCCUAAUACAUCUAACCGGCAAGCCAUCAUAUUCCACAACGGAGAACAAAAAUAUACCUCCAAACCGGCUUUACACCUAUCCAAGCGCAAAAUCGUCUUCAUUUGCGCUCCCAUUCCAAGACGACUUUUCCUACUCGCUAGAAGCUUUAUCACACACGCGGAAUUUGACCUUUUUCAAGCCAUUGAUGAAUGGUCCGUACUUUGAUCUGGAACAGAUCUGGGAUGAGCAUACAUAUUUCGAGUUUGAGAAUCGUUCGGUCCAGUGGACGAUGAGUACGAUGGUGCAGGAGCCGUAUGUUAAUCAUAUUCCGACUAUGACGGGGGGAGUUGGCCGGGAGAAACUCACACAUUUCUACACAAAUCAUUUCAUUUUCUCGAAUCCGGCAGAUGCUGAGCUAGAAGUUAUUAGUCGCACCGUUGGAAUUGACAGGGUGGUUGACGAAUUCAUUUAUAAAGUCACUCAUAACCGUGAAAUAGAUUGGCUCAUCCCCGGUAUACCUGAAACAGGUAAAAAGCUGGAAAUCCCAAUGACCGCCAUAGUCAAUAUCCGAGGAGAUAGGUUGUAUCAUGAGCAUAUUGCAUGGGAUCAGGGUACGGUUCUGAGCCAAGUGGGACUGAUGCCUGAAUACGUCCCUUUUCCAUACCGGAUAGCAGGUGAUGCGCCAGCGGAUGGGAGGUAUUUUGAGGUCAAAGUCCCCGUGGCUGGAAUGACGACGGCAAUGAAAGUAAGGGAUCGGAAUGCGGUUGAGUCGAAUGGAUUAUUUGAGUAUAAGGUUCGAGAGAUUGGGACUUCAUGA